CAGGCGCUGUGCGGAGCCGCCGCCGCUGCCUGGUGCGGGCGGCACGGAGGGAACGAGCCGCGCACGGGGCCGCGCGGUCCGGCCGCGCCGAGGAGCGGGCGCCAGUUUUCAAAGUCUUGUUAAUGUGAUGGCAUAAACUAGUUAAAAGGCAUUUGGAUUGCAUCAUGGAUAUCGCCAGUGGUCAUUGAUAUUAUUUGAGUGGCGCAGUAAGAGUCUGCUGUAUGAAAUGUCAGAAGUCUGUAUUUCUUCUAGUUUUGCAAUGGUUUCCCAAUGAGUGGAGCAUGAUGAACAUACUUUAGGGACUUGCCAUAGUAUGGCUACUUCUCGAUCUACUCGUGUUACAAGAUCUACAGUGGGUUUAAAUGGUUUGGAUGAAAACUUUUGUGGUAGAACAUUAAGAAACCGUAGUAUUGCUCAUCCAGAGGAAGUUUCACCUCAUCCUCAAAUACGGUCAAGGUCACCAAAGAAGAGGCCAGAGUCUUUGCAAACUCAGAAAGGCAGUAACGGUGGAAGAACUACUGAUUUGAAACAACAGAGUGCUCGAGAGUCAUGGGUGAGCCCUAGAAAAAGAGGGCUGUCUACAUCUGAAAAAGAUAAUGUUGAUAAGCAAACUGUGGAAAAUUGUGAGAAAAAACAAGCAGAACCUGUUUCACCAGUUUUGAAAAGACUUAAGCGUUGUCUACGCUCAGAGGCACCCAACAGUUCAGAAGAAGACUUGCCUGCUAAAACAGAGAAGGAACCAUUGGAGCAUAAAAGCUUAGUGUCGGACAAUGAUGCAGUCUCUACAGGGACUAAGCGAGCUUGCCGAUGUCUUAUAUUGGAUGAUUGUGACAAAAGGGAAGUUAAAAAGGUGAAUGUCUGUGCAGAAGGAUUUAAUAAUUCUGCAAUAGUUGAUGAGAUUGGAGGCUAUCAGACUGUCAAUGGAGUUGGUGAGAGAGACUCAAAUUCUCUUAACUGUGAUGACUGUCAGCUUGAUGGGAACACUAAGCAAAACAAUGCUGGUUCCUGUACACCCAAGGACAAAACAGUAGCAGAAAAUGGAAACUCAUUUGCCCAUUCUUCAUUGUUGCUUAACAGCAGCAAGGAGGACAGUGUUGUAGACCAUUAUGUGCCUUGCACAAACUCUCAAGAACAGGUAAAGUUAGAGGACCACAAAAUAAUAAAUGACUGUUUGCCUGAGGAACAUGCUACUCAGGCAUAUGAGCCAGCUACAGGGUCCUUUUCUGAAAUCCAGUCAUCUUUGUUAAGGGAUUCGGAGGAGGAGGUAGAUGUUGUAGGAGAUAGUAGUGCCUCUAAGGAACAGUGUGCUGAAAACACCAAUAGCAACCCGAAUACUCAUCAUGACAGUGCAUCGAUCUCAGGUGAACCUGAACCACAUUCUUCAGUGCUGGACUGUGUUUCAGCUCCAGUGACAUCCAUGUCAGAACUUCAAGAACACAGAUACACAUUGAGAACUUCACCACGAAGGGCUACCCCUGCCAGAAGUAGCCCUACUAAAAAUAACUCUCCUUGUAGAGAAAAUGGACAGGUUGAGGAAAAUAAUCUUAGUCCCACUGAAAAGAAUGUACCUGUAGGUAUUAAUAAUAUCAAUGGAUCUCCCCAAAAGUCUGAAGAAAUUAAACAGAAUGAAAAAGAGAGAAAUGGUAAUACGGGAGAUCAUGGGAAUGAUGGACUAAGAAAGCCACUUUCUGAGGCUAAGCUUGUUGCUGGAUAUGUACCAUCUGCCAAAGAGAGUGCCAACAUCCACACUGCAGAGGAUGAUGAGGAAGAGCCUGAUGUGUAUUACUUUGAAUCAGAUCAUGUGGCAUUGAAACACAACAAAGAUUAUCAGAGACUGUUACAGACGAUUGCUGUACUCGAGGCUCAACGUACUCAAGCAGUUCAAGACCUUGAAAGUUUAGGCAGACACCAGAGAGAAGCGCUGAAAGAUCCUAUUGGAUUUGUGGAAAGACUCCAGAAGAAGGUAUUUCAAUGGGCUUUACUUAAGUCUUACUUUGAGGUUGAUAUGGGUCUUCCAUAUCCUCAGAGAGUUGUUCAGCUCCCUGAGAUUGCCUGGGACCAAUACACCACUAGCCUUGGAAAUUUUGAGAGGGAAUUUAAAAACAGAAAACGUAACAGUAGGAGAGUAAAGCUGAUUUUUGACAAAGUAGGUAUACCUGCAAGACCAAAAAGUCCUUUGGAUCCCAAGAAGGAUGGAGAGUCUGUUUCGUACUCUGUCUUGCCUUUAAGUGAUGGUCCAGAAGGUUCUACAAACAGUCGUCCACAGCAGAUGAUAAGAGGGCGACUUUGUGAUGAGACCAAACCUGAAACUUUUAACCAGCUGUGGACUGUAGAGGAACAGAAAAAACUUGAGCAAUUGCUGUUGAAGUACCCACCAGAGGAAGUAGAAUCCCGACGGUGGCAGAAGAUAGCUGAUGAACUGGGAAAUAGAACAGCAAAGCAGGUUGCCAGUAGAGUGCAAAAAUAUUUUAUUAAAUUGACUAAAGCUGGUAUUCCAGUUCCAGGAAGAACUCCAAACUUAUAUUUAUAUUCCAAAAAGUCAUCAAGUAGACGGCAGCAUCCUUUAAAUAAACAUCUUUUCAAACCUUCAACUUUCAUGACAUCUCAUGAACCUCCAGUUUAUAUGGACGAAGAUGAUGACAGAUCCAGUUUUCACAGCCAUAUGGAUACUGCAGCAGAAGAGGAAGUAUCGGAUGAAGAGAGUAUUCCAAUAACAUAUCGAGAGUUACCUGAAUACAAAGAACUGUUAGAAUUUAAAAAACUGAAGAAACAGAAACUCCAGCAGAUGCAUGCAGAAAGUGGAUUUGUGCAGCAUGUGGGAUUCAAGUGCGAUAACUGCGGAAUUGAACCUAUCCAGGGUGUUCGGUGGCACUGCCAAGACUGCCCUCAAGAAAUGUCCUUGGAUUUCUGUGACUCUUGUUCUGACUGUCUGCAUGAAACAGAGAUUCAUAAGGAAGAUCAUCAGUUAGAACCUAUUUACAGAGCAGAGACAUUUUUAGACAGAGACUACUGCAUGUCCCAGGGCACCAGUUACAAUUAUCUUGACCCAAACUACUUUCCAGCAAAUAGAUGACAUGGGAAGCAGAUCUACCAUCUUGGGCUUACUAUCCUCUUUGAAAAAUAACAAUGGCACCAUUGUUAGUUCUGUGCACAUUUUGGAAAGACUCUGCUUUCCCUGAAAUGUCGCUCACAGCAUGACAGCUUCCUGGGUGUACUUGUCAAACUACAGCUUUGAGCUGUCAUGGUUCUAGAUCACUGAACAGCAGCUGAACAUUCCUAGUGUGCAGAAGGUUUCACUGGGAGAGUUUUCUUUCACCACGUUAGUCAUUUUUAGGUGGUGAAUCUAAACACAAAAGAAAAACAUACAAAAGGGUGAGCCAGAAAUGAGAGCACACAUUAAAGAUAAAGUAAAUUCCAAAGGCUUUGAAGAACUUGGUUAUAAUGAGAUCCAGAGGAGAUGAAGUAUUUAUAUAAAAACAGUUUAGUAGCUUGCAGUUUUGUUGUGAAAUAGUUUUCAGCACAGUAACUGACUUCUUUAGGCAAGGUUUUAACCAAUGACAGUGUUUGCUUCUAGGAUGUACUCUAAAAACUGCUCACUGUCUCGGCGAUGGUUGGUUACAGGCCUUUAUUAAAUUGGAGCUGCUUAAUCACAUCGACUUCCAAUGUUAUUAAUUUUGGUUGGGUUUUUUUAUUUUAUUUUGUUUUUUAAACCACAGCAAACUCUAUAUUUACCAACAGUGAAGCACUACAGGGGGCAACUGUGGCAUUGCUUCCUUAACCAGCUCAUGGUGUGUGAAUGUUAUAAAAUUGUCACUCAGAUAUAUUUUUUAAAUGUAAUGUUAUAUAAGAUGGUCAUGUGAUGUGUACAAAAUAUGGUGAAAAGUGCCAGUGGUAGUUACUGUGUAAAGUCUCUAAUACUCAACAUUAACUCCUUUAAAAUAAAAUACACAGCCUUCUGCCUCUGUAUUUGGAGUUGUGAGUGCAACUCAUCAAAGAAAACUGCCUAAUAUAAAUCAUGUAUAUGGUAAUAAUUUUUCCUCUUUUGUAGUCUGCACAAGAUCCAUGAAAGAUUGUAUUUUUAUUACUAUUUAAACAGUGAUUAAAUCUAGCCUGAGCAGUGAGCAAGGGUUCACAUGCAUUCUUUUAUACUGCUGGAUUUUGUUGUGCAUCAUUUAAAACAUUUUGUAUGUUUCUUCUUAUCUGUGUAUACAGUUUGUUCUUAAAUAAUGUUCAAUUGUCAGGAGAACUGUGAGAAAUAAACUAUGUGGAUACAGUCUGUUUAUAUAUA